AUGUCUGAGGUUAGAUCUAGCGAUCUCGAGACUGGGUUGUCUUCUAGUGACGACCCGGUUGAAGGAGAUACAGCCGUCUCUGGCCAACGGGUGGUUAGGGCUUUUCAUGCCCUUGAGGAGAUUUGUGGCCUUGACGCUGAGACCGUGAAUAGAUUCAAGGAUCGGUUUCAGUUCCCCUCUAGGGUUCGUGUCCGUCUACCCAGGGAAGAAGAUAGGGCCUGCCACUUUUCCCCAGGUGAAGUGUGUUUUUAUGAGUCAUCUUUCACCUGCGGGCUUAGAUUCCCCGUCCAUCCGUUCCUGAUGGAACUUCUAGAUCAUUUCGGUAUUGCCCCCGGGCAGCUCAUGCCUAAUUCGUGGAGGAUCGUGAUCAACUGUAUGCAAAUAUGGUUGGCCUCCAACGGGGAUAUGAUCCGGCUGGCUGAGCUCACCUACUUGUACCGCUUGAAAGAAUCCAAAGAGUGGGGGUAUUAUGAGUUAGUCCCCUGGGAGAGAAAGACUAGGAUCGUCAAGGGCUUGCCCUCGUCCUUCAGGUAUUGGAAAUCGCGCUUUUUCUUUGUGUCUGGGGACGACUUCGAGACUCAAUCCAGCAGUGAUUGGGGUGAUAUCCCAAGGUUGCUCCGUCGGUGGGGAACCCCGACCUUAGCUAAGAGACGGCCUGGAUUGAAGAGCAGAUACAAGGAACGCAUAGAGACUGCGAUCGGGUACGCGGAGACGAUUGAGAGCUGGGACGAGCUGGUCGACCCCCGGUCUCUUGCAUUUUACAAUCUCGGUCCUGACCCUUCUCCUUUUGUUCUUCGUCAGCUUGGUAUUGAAGGAAAAAAGAAGAUGACGACCAAGUUUAACAAGGACAUGUACGCGAAGAUGAGGUCGAAGAAGGACGAGCCCUUGUCCAAUCUAGGGAAGAAGAUCGUGCGUGUGACCGGGCAGGGCUCUACUCCUACUCCCCUGAGCACCCUUCCUCUCGUAGCCCUUGAGACGACGAGAACUUCCUCUCCAACUGCAUCAAUAGAGGAGAUCGUCACUCCCGGCUCAAAAAGGCAGCGUGUAGCUGGUAAAGGGAAGGAGAAGAAGAAAGCUGAUGUUUCCUCGUCAACAAUAUGGGAUGAUGAGAGGUUAGCUUUGGACAAGGCUCAUGAGGUCAUCACUCCAGCGGACCUAAAGGCUCUCUCAGACAUGUCUUUAAAUGACGUUGCCUCCCGCCAUGUUCAUAAGCUCGUCCAGGUGUUGGGAGAGAGCCUCCACAUUACUGCUGAGUAUAUCACUCAAGAGGCCAAGGUGGCGUCUCUGACGACCCGAAUGGAGGCCCUGGAGAAAGAGAACUCCGACCUGAAGAAGAACCUGAUUACCUCCAUGGACGAGGCGACCUCUUUGAAGCAGAAGGUCAAAGUGUUAGAUGACGACCUCAGGGUUGAACGCCAGUUGACCCAAGAAAAGGAUGAGCAGCUUCUUUCAGCCAGGGAGAAGCUUGCAACUGUUGCCGCCAGGUCGGUGGAGGCUUUCCAGACCACUGACGAGUACAAUACUGUACUCUUCAGUUGGUAUUUCAAAGGCUUUGAGCUGCUCAGGAGGUACCUCGUCAAGCACCCUUCUGGGGUCAACAUGGAGAGUUUGGAUUUGGAGGAGGUAGAUAAGGAGAUGGCUUUGGACGAGGCUGCUCAGUCCUCUGCCCCAGAUGGUGAUGCUCCAGGUCCUGCCACCGAUGCCCCUGCCACCGUGGACGCUUCUGCUGAUGCCUGA